ACGAGUGUAUGUACAUAUAUAUGUAUACGUAUGUCAACGUAAAGUGCUUCUCGGUUCCUAUGACACAUCUUUCUUUAUAGCUCCCACGCGUCGAGUACCAAGUUUUCCAUGUAUGGUUGAAAAGUGCUUUAUGUAAGAAGUGAGAAAGUGAACGAAAAGAAUUGAAAGUUUAUUCGGUUGUCAUCGAAUUGAAGAAAAACAUUCUGCAACAUAUUACAAUCAAAGAUGGAAGCUGUGUUUCAGCAAAAGUUGAUAGAAGUUGCUAAUCACGUUGAACAACAAUUGGACACGGAGUUGGAAAAGUUAGACAAUUUGGAUAUUAGUGAUUAUGAAAAGAUACGGGCAAACCGACUGAAUGAGCUCAAACAAAUGCAAAAACAAAAGCAAAAUUGGCUUGCUUCAGGUCAUGGGGAAUAUUUGGAGAUAUAUGAUGAAAAAGAGUUCUUUGAAGUAUCCAAAAAGUCAGAAAAUAUAGUUUGUUUAUUUUACAAGGAUGAUUCUCAACGAUGUAAAAUAGUGGAUCAUCAUUUCAAGAUCCUUGCAAAAAAACAUAUCGAAGCAAGAUUCUGCAAAUUAAAUGUUGAAAGAUGUCCCUUUUUAACUGAACGACUACGAAUCAGAAUCAUACCUACAAUCGCGCUGAUCGUAAAUGGUAAAACUAAAGAUUAUAUUGUGGGUUUUACUGAAUUAGGAAAUUGUGACGAUUUUUCUACGACGACGUUGCAAUGUCGUCUCGCACAGUCUGGCGUAAUCAAUUAUGAUGAUGAUUUACAUUCUUCAGAAAUGAGCAAAAAAUCAUUAAUACUAAAGCCGUCAAAACCUAAAACUAUCAAGGGACGUGAUUCUGAUGACUCUGAUGACGAUUGAGAUGGUACUUAAAUAUAAGUUUUGCACUUUUCACGUACACACACACACACACACACACACACAUUUUGUUUUAUCAAGAAAAUUUAAAUCUAAUGCAGUGUAUUGUUUAGCUCAACUUUUAUAAUCAAAUUAAUUACAUUUAAAUUUUAGAAUAUAUUAGAAUUUUUAAUUUUUUUAUUACAUAAUGCUAAUUUUUGCAUUGAAUUUAAAUUAAC